AUGGACGAGCAAAAUGAUAACAAGUCUUAUUUAGCCUGCGAAGCUGGUCAAUCUCUAGCUGUAUCCUCGUCGGGAACUCCACUUAUAUGCGAAAAGCCGUCCGUCUGUCCAAAAGGAUACAAAUGCGUCUACGACGAGCUCUUUCGAAGGCAUCAUUGUUGUGGAUACCCCAGUGGUAGAAAUACAAUUCUUCUACCCCUGGGGACAGCGCAUAAUAUUAGCGGUGACGAUCGGCAUUUACACGAUUCGCCAGGAAUAAGCAGGCUGGUGGAGAAUAAAGUGACACCGAUAGCGUUUGUCCCGUGGACUUCGUAUAGAUACGGCCCUCUUCUUGGUACAGGCUCAGCUAUGCAUUGUACUCCAUCAGUUUACUCUGAUCCCUGUCCCGAAGAAUUUGUUUGUAUAGGACACGGACAGAAUGGAUAUUGCUGCAAACCAAAAAUUAUUCGAAUGGUAUUCAAGAACAGUGAACACAUAAACAAUAUUUGUCCUCUUGGGCAAUCUCCAGACCUGUCCGCCUCAUCAGAACACCCGGUCAAGUGCAACCUCCAAGCUGUGAACGGUACCUGCAGCCAUGGAUUUGAGUGUAUCACCCCUUAUAGCGCAUUGUGGGGCUUCUGUUGCUCCUCCAAUAUUACAGGAUGGUGCCCACAUGAUUCGCGGCCAUUUCUAGACCCUGAUACAGGUCAACCGCAAAAGUGUACCGUUCAAAAAGACGUCAUUGUUCCGCUGGGAGAGAAACUGAGCGGUCUAUACUUCGACAAUAUGUACCGCUUUAUAAAUACAGCACCUUUACCAACCAUAAGUAACGGAAUUUCUGUCAUAACUGUGAGAAACUCGUAA